GGCCAGUUGGUCGUGCAGCCUAUAAAGUACCCAUACAUGAAGAUGAGUACAGCAGCGAGAGCCAGCAAACAAACAGCAGACAGCAACAAAGUGCUGUAUCUUCUGCUAAAGAUGCCAAAACAUCUUUUUACUUUCCUUCGUCUUUUUAUGCUCUUACUUAGUUUCUCCACUAUUUGCCUGGGAGUACUUUGCAUGUCCACGAAUUCCUCCAUGUGCAGAUGUGGGAACAACAAGCUAGUGUUUUAUUGCCUGUUAGCUCUGGGGCUCUGUCUCCUUGUUACUGGCAUUUUCUGGAGCACCUUCCAUGAAGUCCUGAAAUACAGGGCCCUUGGCAUCUUCAUUCGAAAUCCCAGCCACAGAGAACUGCAUGUCUGCACCAUAGACAGGCCUGACUUCUAUCCUCCCUCUUAUGAAGACAGCAUAGAUCCUGAAAAACUGGUUUCCUCACUGUCAGUUGCCUCCACACUAAAACAGCAAGAAUUCAUCAAUAUUCCUCCACCUCCAUAUAGUGAAAGCAGUGCAGAAUUUGCCAGUGAAACAAAUGAGCAGGAACAGCCACCACCAUACACAUUAUCCGUGGAGCAGCAGCAAACAGCUGACCAAGACCCAAACCCCAGAGGGGGGUUAAAUUCUCAUAUAUCCAUGCAAGAAAUCAGUUGCCAACAGGAUACAGACUUCCGGAGGACCUCAGGAGGAGCAACACCUGUCAAAACAUGAGACAUGCAGCCAACAAAAUUCUGCAUCUGUGAAGCAGGGAAAACUGGAAGAAGGCUUGCGCCAGUGAUCCCUAACAGUAUGCUAGUUAGGGUGGAAUUGCACAGGAAAAACAUUGAUCAUUUGUGACUUGGAGUGGAGUUGGAGGGGAUAUGUAGAAAUGCUCAGUAUUUCAAAUUAGAAUAAAUCUCCACAGAGACAGAUAUGCUCAGGCUGUCUAGUAGAAGUCACCAUCUCUGGCAAUGGGAGUUUCUUAUGCUGCAAGAUAAAUGAAGCAUCACAGCGUUAUCGAUCUCGAUUUGUGCUUCAUAAGGAGUUUCAGAUGAAAGCUGUUGUUUUUUUGUUUUGAGACAUUAACUAACUUGGGAAACCUAUUAACUCAGCUUUUGUCUGAAAUUUGCAGAUUAUUUGUUGCAACUGAUUAUUUUUGUAUUCUAUGCCUUUCAAGUUAUUUGUUUUAUAUGGGGGUAAAAAAACCUGCUAUUUUACUA